GCGUUCUUUCCGGGUGCCAUGGGAGGGCUCUGGGUUACGCGAUGGACUCGCGUGCCUUUCUGUGGGUGGCCCUGGAACCACCCUGGAAACCCGACCAGGGCUGCGGAGAGGGUAGAGUCUUGUCUCAGGUCGGGGAGGAGCGGGACACGGGGUGCUGAGAGGGAGCUGAGACGGCUCGGGACAUGGAGGCGCCCGAGCUUGGCUGUGCAGCCGCCGCGACGGCCGAAGAGCACUAACCCCUUCACGCGCGCACAGGAGGAGGAUUGGCGGCGGCGGAACAAGACCGUCCUCACGUAUGUGGCCGCGGCGGCCGUGGGCAUGCUGGGGGCGUCCUACGCCGCCGUGCCCCUUUACCGGCUCUACUGCCAGACUACUGGACUUGGAGGAUCGGCAGUAGCAGGUCAUGCAUCAGACCAGAUUGAAAACAUGGUACCUGUUAAGGAUCGCAUCAUUAAAGUCACCUUUAAUGCAGAUGUGCAUGCAAGUCUCCAGUGGAACUUUAGACCUCAGCAAACAGAAAUAUAUUGCUUCUGUUUUGAAGAACAAAGGCUUAAUCCACAAGAGGAAGUAGAUAUGCCGGUAUUUUUCUACAUUGAUCCUGAAUUUGCUGAAGAUCCAAGAAUGGUGAAUGUUGAUCUCAUCACUCUUUCUUAUACUUUUUUUGAAGCAAAGGAGGGGCAUAAGUUGCCGGUUCCAGGCUAUAAUUGAAGUCAGAACUAAGUCCUGCUUCAAAUUUGUGAUUUUUGAAAAAUCAUGUAUCUUCUCAGAGGAGAAAUAUUUAUAAUAAUGUGAAGCCUUCUAUUUUACAUUUUAUAUACUUAUGGUUCUUUUUUCCCAACUAAGUUACCCUACUUAGAAUGUGUAACUGUUCAAAACCAUACUUAGAGUUUAAGUAGUAUUAGAAGAAACUGCUUUGUUUCUUAAAUAUCUUGGCAUGGACUUGAUGGUUCAGCUUAAUUCACUGGUCCCCUUUCAAAUUAUGAGCACUUCAUACUUGUAGCAAUGAAUUUUUAUUAUUAUUUCUAGAAUAGUUGGUUACUACUUUCAUUAUGAACAGUCACUAUUUUAAAAGCUCAAAAUGGAAGAGGAAUCACUAAGCCCUAACAGCUUGCCUAAAGAUUACAUUCUGAUUUCAAAUUUGACUGUAUUUUUCCUUUAGGAUCUAGGGCUAUUUUACAUUCAGAGUACUAAACAAGUACUUUGAAAUUUCAGUACCAUGAAAUUUAAAUAAAAUGCAUAAGUAUAUCUGGUAGGUUUGUAGCAUUUUUUGUGAUAGUUCCAAGUCUCCAAAUUUUAAAAUGUAAGUGGGAUUGUGAAGAUUUACUGACAGCAGAGUUCUUCUGAAAAAAGAUGUAUUGAACUGUUUUAAUAGUAAUUUAUGACAAACCAAAGUACAAUUUAUUCUGAAUGUUUUCCAGUAGUCUUUUUUCCAAAAAGAAAUAAAAAAGGAGCAUUUAGUGUUAUAAAGAAUUAUAUUUAAAGGCAAACAGUGUAGAAUCCAGUAACCUCUUGAGGGUACCUGAAAUAUUAAACUACAAUCAUCAAGGCUUUUACAAUUCAUAAUCCUAAACAAGAGUAUUAUUUAUAAAGAAGUGCAAAUUGACUUUUACAUUCAACUUUAGUUAAAUGAAGGCACUCAGUAUUCUUCCUGAAUAAUAAUAGUUUUUCACAUUUCAUGCUUUCAUCUGUUAACAAUUAUUUUGUAAUGAAAGUCUUCAUCUACUCUUAUCCGAGCUCUUGUGAUGAUUUCUAAAUGUAGGAAGGUCUGAAACAUAAGGUGCUACACUUAAUCUGGUUGGCCUCAGUACCAAGAAUUUUUCUUCUGCUUAAGUUUUAAGUGAAUAUAUGUUACAACCAAGUUCUUUUGAGAGAAAGCUUGAGCUGCUGUCAGGAGCCAUAAAUGUUACUCUGGAACUGUUACUCUUCUGUUUAAACCUCAUUACUGCAGAGGAGAAAUGUUCCACUGUGGCUUUGACGUUCUGGAAGGUCUUAACUUCUGGGUCUCAAAGCUGGACAGGGUCUACCUUUAGGAGAAUUGGCACCCAUAAUGCUGCUAGUGAGCUGGUCAUCCACUUCAACCUGGAAUAAAAAGAAGAGUCAACCAUCUCCAUCUUUUCCUCUUUCCCCAUUCCUUGUAACUAGAGAGCCACAGUCUAGUAGAGGAAAGGUGGGAAUGUACUACUUCCAUGGGGGAAGGUGUGGAGGGAAUAAAUAAGGUUAAUAGGU